AUGUUAAGGCCUCACACGAUCGUGACCUCAGGGGCACACGGUUUUCACAUUGCGCUGGCGGAGCUGGGUAUGCCAUUUGAAGCGGAAAGGAUUGACUAUAGCAAGCCGAGAACUCCUGCGUAUCUCAAACUAAACCCUGAUGGAACAGUCCCCACAUUGGCCUAUGGCGAACAAAUCAUUUUCGAAUCGGCUAUUAUCGCGCAGUUUCUGGCUGACUCGGUGAUAUCGACGCACUUGACUCCGCGCACUGGGGAAAUCCAAGGAGCCCUCAUGCGAAAGAGAAUCGCCUUCUUUGUCGGAACGUACUUUUCAAAGGCUAAUAUCUACUACUACCCGGCGAUCGAAGCUAAAGUCGAUGAAGAAGCCGAAGUGCUCGGCAAGCGCUUUGCUGAUGCCGUCAUCAAAGAGAUCGAGCCUCUCUUGCUAGACGCGAACCCUUUCUUUGGUGGCAGUGACAUGUUGACUAUGGCCGAGGUCCUGACGGCCUAUUUUAUCUUGCGGAUUUUCACGUUGCCUUACACCGAAAAUGCGUCACUGCCAAGAACCAUGGUAACCGAUUUGGAAGAAAAAGCGGCAAAAUUCUACGUGUGGGCCCAGGUUGUCAUGAAACAUCCGUCUGUGAGCAGUAUCUAUAAUAGAGAUGAUUGUGCGGCUGAGAUGCGUGAUCGACGAGCGAAGGCUCGUCUUUCGGCAUGA